GUGAGUGGAGGAUCCCUGCUGGUGAAGUCCUCAGACCUGCGCUCGUCCGGACCGAUUAAUCAGACAUCGUCACAACACGGGAGACAGCCCGCACGCUUACAUUUACAGCUGAAGUCUGCAACCCCCGCCCCCCCCUAACGCCCGGGCAGAGUGGGUCAAGGCAGUACUACAGCUCAGAUUUCAGACCCAAGACCAGCUGGAGGAAAACGCGAGAAGACGCUGUUCACCUCGUCUGUGGUCAAUGCGAGCUGAACGAGAAAGUGACCGACACGUAGCUAAGCACCGGAGGAAUUUCUAAGCAGAUUUGUUUUUUCCUAUUAGACCGGCAGGAAUGGACGAACAGCCGCGGCUGAUGCACUCUCACGCCGGGGUAGGGAUGGCAGGACACCCCGGUCUGCCUCAGCACAUGCAGGAAGGAACCGGAGGAGCUGACGGCGACGGAAGAAAACAGGACAUUGGAGACAUUUUACAACAAAUCAUGACCAUUACUGAUCAAAGUCUGGACGAGGCGCAGGCCAGGAAACACGCGCUGAAUUGUCACAGAAUGAAGCCCGCGCUCUUUAACGUUUUGUGUGAAAUCAAAGAAAAAACAGUGCUGAGUAUCCGUGGCGCCCAGGAGGAGGAGCCUCCAGAUGCCCAGCUCAUGCGAUUGGACAACAUGUUACUGGCGGAGGGCGUGUCUGGACCCGAGAAAGGGGGCGGGUCUGCGGCAGCUGCAGCAGCAGCAGCUGCGUCGGGUGGAGCCGGAGCGGAUAACUCAGCCGAACACUCCGACUACAGAGCCAAGCUUGCCCAGAUCCGUCAAAUCUACCACACUGAGCUAGAGAAAUACGAACAGGCCUGCAACGAGUUCACCACCCACGUGAUGAACCUGUUGCGAGAGCAGUCGCGCACGCGGCCCAUCUCGCCCAAGGAGAUCGAGCGCAUGGUGGCCAUCAUCCACCGCAAGUUCAGCUCCAUCCAGAUGCAGCUGAAGCAGAGCACGUGCGAGGCCGUGAUGAUCCUGAGGUCCCGCUUCCUCGACGCCAGGAGGAAAAGGCGAAACUUCAACAAGCAGGCCACAGAGAUCCUGAAUGAGUACUUCUACUCUCACCUCAGCAACCCCUACCCCAGCGAGGAGGCCAAGGAGGAGCUGGCUAAGAAAUGCUCCAUCACGGUGUCCCAGGUGUCCAAUUGGUUCGGAAACAAACGGAUCCGGUAUAAGAAGAACAUCGGUAAGUUCCAGGAAGAAGCCAACAUGUACGCCGCCAGAACCGCCGUCAACGCCACCAACGUCUCCUCCCACGGCAGCCAGGCCAAUUCCCCCUCCACCCCCAACUCAGCAGGUUCUGCUGGCUCUUUUAACAUGUCGAACUCUGGAGAUUUGUUUUUGGGGGUGCAGUCUAUGAAUGGGGACUCGUACCAAGGCUCUCAGGUUGGAGCCAAUGUUCAGUCGCAGGUGGAUACCCUUCGCCAUGUUAUCAGUCAGACAGGAGGAUACAGUGAUGCCCUCACAGCCAGCCAGAUGUACAGUCCACAGGCCAUCAGUACUAACGGAGGCUGGCAGGACGCUACUACCCCUUCCUCGGUGACCUCUCCGACAGAAGGGCCAGGGAGCGUCCACUCCGACACCUCCAACUGAUACCUUCCUCGCGUUCCCUCCAUUUAACUCCCUACUGCACAAAACGAUGGACACUCCUCCUUUCCUCCCUCUCAACUUCUGUUUGUCUCUGUUUUUAAACAGUGCGCGCUCACUGAGCAGGGUCUGCCCCGGGCUUUGAAGUGUGUCAGUUUACUGACCAUGAGCUCGCCCUCAAACUCAAAGCUGACAUUGAGACACACGCACGCACGCACGCACACACACACACACACACACACACACACACACAAAAACGGCAUGAAUUAAUGUGCGUUUAGACAUGCGACCACAUUCUCGUCUCAUACAUUUGAACAUGACCUCAAAAGACAAAAAAAAGUGCAAACAUCCCUCAUGUUAGAUUAAAUGUGUAUGAUCACACUACCUCUCCAAAACACACAGUGUAGACGAGAACAGCAGUGAGAUGUCACUGAGAACAUUCUGGUUUCUAAACUAUAAACCCAGACACUAUUAGCGCACCGUUUUCCACGCGAACAUCUCCUGUCUUCAUCGUGGUGGUAAAACAUCUUCCUCUGCACUAGAUCAUUUCCUGUGUGUCCGCAAUGCCACAUUUCCCUGAUCUCUUCAUUUACACUUUCGUUGUACAUGAUUGACACUUUCUCAUACUCGUGUUGUAAUAUAGACAUACUGUAUUAUAGACAUAUUUUUAUCUCCCUCUCAGUCAUACAUGGGAGUACUUGAAAAUUAUUUUUAAUUAGGCUAUACAGUGUAGCUUCGCUUUGAGUCCUGAAAAACCCUUUGCUGUGAUCAUUUGCAGCAAAUAUUUGUUGUUCUUCCCCUGUUUCAUUUUUACCAGUGGCAAUGCAGUGUAGGUCUUUCAAUUCAAGACUAUAGUUUGUUCCCUUUAUGUUAGUAAUCUGGUGACAUAGAAUUUAAAGUAGUUCAUCAUAUUUUACGACAAACAAUAUGACUAAAGCACUGAUAUGACAGCGUAGGUGUUAACAUAUAGCCAAAUGCUGCUUCUAACCAAAAUCACUGAUGUACUAAUGCAAACAUUUGAAAUUCUCAGUUCAGCAUCGUUCUAAAACCCUAAUUUGACCACAUGCACAAUUUGCAUCCUUUUCCAAAGUUUGGUGCUGUAAUGAUUUAAUUACAGCAUGCAGUGCCUGUGUUCACACAUGCAUAAAACUUCCAUCUGAUGGUCACGGUUUGGGUUUAACUUGUCUACGCAUCACACAUUUAAAUGUUUGGGUUUUUUUGUUCACCACAGCAGUUGUCCAACAUUUGUUUUCACCUACUUUAGAUUAGUGACCCCCAACACACACACACACACACACACACAGAGUUAUUAAGCAUGUUAAGUAUUAGACCAGUCACUACUUUGAUACCAAAAACAGAAGACAUUUCCGUUUUGUUCAUCGUUAUUUCAGCAAUGUCCAUGUUGUAAAUGAUGUAGGUAAUAUCUUUUGUACCUGGGAUCGUUUCUGAAUGAAUGCCCCCAGUACGUUGUACUCAAAACCAAAAAUGCAGUCAGAGUUCAGUGUUUCUUGAAAGAAAAGAUGGCACACAAAUGCAGAAAAUGUUUGGAUAUAUUUUUACGUCUUCAUGUUGUGAAUAGGCAGAUCCGCGUUUCUCCUCGUCCUGCUUGGUUCCAGGGCAACAUCUAUUUUAUUUCGCUAGCAUAAUGUGAAGUAGCCCAAGAAUGCGCUAUAUACGUAGAUGUGCGCCUUUGGAUUCCUAGUUUGCUCUUUUUAACUGCAGAAUUGAUUUUAAAGUGCUUGCUCCUGCGUCACCUCCAGCACGGGUGGGGUUCUCAUACAUUUAACCUGGCUUUGUUCCUCGAGAGAUUCUAAUGAUAAAUUGCGUUGGUCCUGAAAGAGAGAGAGAGAGAUGCCAAGGCCAGGCGGAGGCGGACACGAUGCCACACAGUUCCCUCCCAAGCAGCAGUCUGAGUAGACGAGCUGCGCAGUUCCCUCCCAGUGAAACAACCCGCUGCUGUCUCACCGCAUGCAGACGACGUACCACAGCAGUACUACAUGUCUGGAGCACCCAUGAGAACAGCGGUUGGAGGCCGUCCACGGGGCUGGGGAAGUUCUCCAUCCCAGCGUGUCUGGUGCUCUUAACUGGCCCGGCAAAUUCAUUAUGGAGAGGAACGCGUUGUUUAGUUUCCCCGUGACCGCUCCAAGACGCUCACGCGACUUCUCAUGGCCUGCCCGGUAUCACCGUAUUGUUGAAGCUUCAUGUAAUGAUGCUUUUAGUUUUUUGCAUAUAAAGCAGUUUGUAAAACAUCAAAUGUUCACUUUGUUGCAUGUCCUUUGUUCUUUAAAAUCCUGCGCUGUUUUGAAUGUUUCUUCUUUUUUAUAUAAAAUCGCGGAAAUUUCUCUUGCCAAGUUUUGACUUUUAAGAUCUCUGCAUAUGUACAAAAGGAAUAAAAUGGAACAGCCAAUUAUUGUCUUUUUGAUUCCAAUUUUGUUUUUGUGGAGAAAAAAAAACAAGGUGUAGGUUUUCUGGUCUCUUCAUUUGUACUGGUAAUGCAUAUUCCAAAUAAAUAGUUUCUUUUG